AUGUCUGCCCACUCUCUUGUGGACUUUGGCGUCAGCAAUGGGCCGUUCAUACGGAACGAGUAUCUUAAAGAGCAACCGGGCUUCGUACCGUCAGAUCAGCAACAACAACAACAGCAGCACCUACACAAUGUCAUAUUCCCCGGUCAACCACUCGGUACCGGCGCCGGUCCUCCCGCGCAGUUCCCUCUGUCGCCGCCCAUAUCGUUUGUCGACUACGAGACGCUCCAAUCCACGACCCCGGACGACUGCUACCACUCGAGCACGGGUAAUUUCGAGCCUCAGGUUUCGGAGGAGGACGACUCACCCCAAAGCCGCCAGGAGCAGCUAGAGGGUUCGAAGGUCAACGCGGUCGUCGCCGCACCACCACCCGUCAACUGGUCGAAUGUCGUUCCUUGGGUCUCGACCAAGCCGCCCUCGUCGCGCGGACGCCCACGGGGUGGGAAACGAAGAGCCGCCGCGGCGCGAAAUGGAGAGGCUAUAGCGGUCCCAACGACGGGGAAACCACCGGGCGCCAAACGAGGGAGGAAACCCCGAGCGGCGAGACAGCAAGCGACCAGGGCUCCGACGGAGGAGGACGACAAGGCCGCGCUCAAGGAAGCCAAGGCGGCGCACUCGGUUGUGGAGCGGCGGUACCGCGACAACCUCAACGGGAAGAUGAGCCAGCUGUACUACGUGCUGCGGGAGGUGAACUCGCCGGGCCCGCACUCGCGGUUGUCGAGCACAAGCGGCGGUAGCGGCACCAGCGAAAUCACGACACCCCUCCCUGCGUUCCAACGGCCGAGUCGAGUCCGCAAAUCCGAGAUCCUCAACAGCGCCAUCGACUACAUCCACCAGUCCGAGGUGGAGAUGCGGCACAUGGCCGACGAGAUCAAGCACCUGCAGGACAAGGAGCGGACGAUCCGGAACCUGGUCAAGUGCGAGGAGUGGUCUGUGCUGAGGGCACUUUUAAGUGCAUGA